AUGGAGGAGGUCACAGAAGUACUCUGGAGACAGGGCAUGGAGGGAUUUGUAGGUGAGGAUGAUUUUAUAUUUGAUGUGGGACUUGAUUGGGAGCCAGUGAAGGUGGAUGAGGGUUGGGGUGAUGUGCUGCCAACUGUUGGUGUGGGUGAGGACCCUGGCAGCAGAGUUUUGAACAUACUGGAGCCUGUCUAUGGUUUUUCUGUGGACCACGAACAGGACUCAAUUGCAGUAGUCAAAGUGGGAGGCUUUCAUAUUAUGCAGACAAUUGACCAGGAAGAGGGAUGGGGCUGUGUGGAUGGCCUGGUGCUGAUAUCUUCAGCCUUGAGCUCCUCCAGAAGAUGGGAGGGUGAUCUGCGGACCUCGGUGAAGAGCCGACGUUCAGGACGUGACUGGACCGCAGAGGAGGAGCAGCUCACUGGGACAGAAGCUGGGAGACUACGCAGGUCCGUAGGAAGUGAUGUCAUCAUGAUGCUGCCGGUCUCCAGGUUCAAAGGUCAGCCGGUUGGCAUGGUAACCACCACCCCAGCCCCCUGGCUGUCCUUCAGCUGUGACCCCACCCCCCAUUGGCUCUGGUUGGCCACGCCCCCUCUGCUGUUCUACCAACCAGCUGUUUUCGUACCUGAACACACACACCUCAUACAGUGGGAACGUCCAGCUGUUGAAGUGGUUCCUCUCGUUCCUUCGUUUUAUCGCUCUUCACAUCUUCAUCCUCUUCAUCUUCUUCAUCCUCUCCCCACGCUAGCUGAAGGCUGGAUUUCUCCAGAGGAAGUGUUCCAGAGGAGAGACAAGCCCCUCCUCCUGACCAAUCACAUCAUCCAGAGGCCAGAGAGACACACCCCCAGGACUCACUCGCUGCUGAGAUCACCUGACACAGGUCGAGUUAGAAGAGACACCACGAAGACCAGAGACACCGAGCCACACGCCGCCUCCUCCCUGCAGCUCCUCGCUGCCUCUCCUCUUCAGCUGCCUCUCCUCACUGCUCCUCCAACAGGUGGAGCUUACUGGAAGUGGGCGGAGUUUCACAUUCAGCGGGAUAACGAGGCGUGGCCUAUAGUUCUGACCAAUCACUGGCAUAGAGGGGCGUGGUCACGGCCGGUCAUCUGCCUGGAGAGAAGUCUGUCUCCGCCCACACAGGUGAUGAAGGAAGUCCAUCCCUCCUUCUUCUCUUCACGAUUUUCUUCCAGAUUCACUCUGCUGACAAAUUACAGACACAAGAAGCGACGGAUGAGUGGAUGUAAAGUUUCAUACAGAGGAGGGUUUCUGCUGAGAACAGAAAGAACAAUAGAAGACAACAAACAGUGUAUUUCUGUAGACAGAGGAGGAGAGGAUGAAGGAAGUGAAGGAGGAAGGAAAGACAGACGUCCUGUUGCCUCCACACCUGUGCCGGGGUCGCCAUGGUGUGUUGUGUGGACCGGAGAUGACCGGGUCUUCUUCUUCAAUCCCACAAUGCACCUUUCUGUCUGGGAGAGACCGGGGGAGCUUAUUGGUCGAGACAUCAGCCGCAUCAUCAUGGACCCGCCCCACAAGAGAAAGAAGAAAACGUCUAAAUACAUCCUUCCCAGCUGUCAAUUACCUGAUCUCCAUGGUAACGACGAAGACGAAGAUGAUGAACACAUCUCCAAAAGGAACAGAACAGAGGAGCCUUUGUCUCUUGUCCCCCGUCCAGGAGAAGUUAAACUUCUCCCCCUGGAGCUUCGUAUCGAUCAUUUUAGGGAAAUGAUGCUCGAGAGAGGGGUGUCGGCAUUUUCCACCUGGGAGAAGGAGCUCCAUAAGAUGGUGUUCGACCCUCGAUACCUGCUGCUGACCUCCGAACAGAGGAAACAGGUAUUUGAUCAGUUUGUGAAGAGCAGGGUGAAGGACGAGUACAAAGAGAAGAAGAGUAAACUCCAGAAAGCCCGAGAAGGGUUCAAACAGCUGCUGGAAGAAGCCAAGAUCACCAGCAGGUCGACCUUUAAGGAGUUCUCUGCUCGUUACCGUGGUGACCGGCGGUUCGAAUCCCUGAACAAGAAGAAGGAACAGGAAGUAGUCUUUCACCAUUACAUCACAUCCUUAAAGAAACGAGACAAGGAGAACCGAGCCAGGCUGAGGAAGAUGAGAUGAGACCGCUGUCUCAGAACCCGACAGAAUCAUCUAGAAGCUUUUAAAACUUUUUAGAACUCAUUCAGAACCUUCUAGAACCUUCCAGAAUCUCCCAGAACUUUCCAGGACCUUGAGGGACCUUCCAAGACCUUGGGUGACCUUGAUUGAACUUCUGUUCCCACGCUGAGCAGAUCGUUGAUUACACGUUUCAAACUCUCCUGGUUCUUUUGGAUAAACUGGAUACCGAGACGGGACCGGGACCAGUGGAUCUGACUGGUUCUGACUGUUUGUGGUUAUAGAGAAGUUCCCGGACCAGCAGCGUGAGACUGGUUCCUGUGUUCUGGACUGAUGUCAUGUGGACCUUUGACAUCUGAGCCAUCAAGUUGAACUGCUCAAACUUGACUUCAAAAACAAUUAAAGCACAAAAGAAAAUGUCUGUUCAUCUGUGUGACUGUUUACCCCUCUGGCCUGGCUGGACCAACUAAUCUAUCUAUCAACCAACGAUCAAUAAAUCAACCAAUCAAUCAUCCAACCAAUCUAUCUAUCAACCAACAACCAAUCAACCAACCAAUCAUCCAACCAAUUAGUCAUCCAACCAAUCAACCAACCAGUCUAUCUAUCAUCUAACAACCAAUCAUCCAACCAAUCAAUCAAACUUUAUCUUUCACUCCUUUCACACAGUCAGUGCUUCCCUGACUAGCUGAGAAUCAAACAGAAGAACCUGUUGAACAAGUGGAGGAUAAUGCACACAAGAAAUAAAAACAAAAAUGUAUUUAUUAAACCAGUAAAACGGAUACGGAUACUGAUACGAAGUGUAUUUACAGAUAUUUGUGUAGUAAUGGAGAAACUACAACCAGUUGAAAACCACUGAAGAUGAUGAAAUGCACCUUGGGAGUCGUAGUUGACUUCUCUCCUCCAGUAUUUUCAUUCACAGACUUCUUGUAGCUUUGACCAAAUAAAUCAUAACUCAUCUUUUGUUUCAUUGUGCAGACUGUUACUAAGGAACCUUAAAUAACUCGCUGCUAUGCUGAUCCUUAGAGGAGAAUUGAAUUGAUUGGCUCAGCCAGCCACCCCCCUGCGUGCACACACACACACACACAUGUCGUCUGUAAACCAGCUGAUCUGAACAGAUUCACCUCCUUCCUGUCUAAUGUGUGUUUGUAUGUUUGUUAUCAGGAUGUUGCUGUAAACAACAUAUUUUUGAUGUGAUGUAAGCCCCGCCCCCUCACCUGUCAGCACCAUGGUAAACUGUGAGUAGACAGAG